AUGGCUGUCCUUACUCAUCUAACCAGCGCAACCAGCACCACCCUCCUGCUACACGCAGGACUCUGUCUUGUGUUAUACAUCUGCACCCGCCUUGUCUACAACAUCUACCUCCACCCCCUGAGCAUAUUCCCCGGCCCCAAGCUGGCUGUCUGCUCGCCUCUCCACGAGUUCUACUACGACGUCAUCUGCAGGGGAAUGUUCAUGUGGGAGAUUGAGAAGAUGCACGAGCUCUAUGGCCCCAUCGUCCGAAUCAACCCCCGCGAAAUCCACAUCAAAGACCCCGAGUUCAUCGACGUCGUCUACGCCUCCGGCACGCACAUCCGCACCAAGGACCCCCAGUUCACCCCGGCCUUGUCGAGUCCGCACUCCGUCAUCUCAACAAUCGACCACAACCAUCACCGCAAGCGCAAGAGCUACCUCAAGGCUUUCUUCUCGCGGCGCUCCCUCGAGACCCUCGGCCCCUUCAUCCAGGAAUCCGUCGAGCUUCUCUGUGAAAAGUUCAGACACGCCCAUGCGCACAAGCAAACCCUUCGCCUCGACAGUCUCUAUUCAGACCUCACCGCAGACAUCAUCACGUACUACGCCUUCGGCAGCAGCUAUGGCUAUCUGCGCGGGGACGGCGCAGCAAACGAUAUCCUCUCCGGCGUGAAUGAGCUCACCAUGGCCUUCCACGUCAACCGCUUCUUCCCUGUGUUCCGACGCAUUCUGUCCUGCAUCCCCGUCUGGCUUCUGCAGCGUCUUCGCCCGAGUUACGCCCAGUCGCUGGCUUUAUUGAACGGGCUGAGACAGCAAUCUGAGAACGCGCUCGCUCGGACACCCGCGGCUGUUUUGGAGAAUGGGGCAAGUAGCAAAGAAACUAUCUUCAGCGCCCUGUCCAGCCCGCACAUUCCCGCCUCGGAACGGACGGUUCCUAGGCUUAUGGACGAGGGUUUCGCAGUCUUGGGCGCCGGUACUGUGACGACCGCUCGAACGCUAGCACUAGCAUCCUUCCAUAUCUUCAGCAACUCAACAAUCUUGGAAAACAUGCGGACGGAACUCGUGAACUCUGUCAUGCCAGACCUAAACAGCACGCCGUCCUGGGCGGACCUCGAGCGCUUGCCGUACCUGACGGCCGUGAUCACCGAAGCCCUCCGCCUCUCGCACGGCGUCACCUUCCGACAGGCCCGCAUUGCACCGGACGAAGCCCUUGUCUUCCGCGACUGGGUGAUUCCCGCGGGGACACCGGUCGCAAUCUCCACCUACCUAACGCACAUGGACCCGUCCAUCUUCCCUUCCCCGCAGUCGUUCGACCCCGAGCGCUGGAUCAGAGCCAAGGAGCAGGGCUUUCCGCUGCAUAAGUAUCUCCUGGCGUUUUCGAGGGGGAGUAGGCAGUGUCUUGGGAUGAGGUAG